GGUCAGUCAGGCAGAGGUUGAUGGAGGCAGAGGAGGCAGAGAGCAGCACUUCUGAAUGUUUCAUAAGGGAGAUCCUCCAACAUCAAGCUGCCUGGAUGGACUGAGAGAGAAAGAGUGGGUGCUGAGGUGAGGCAACAGGACACAGAGAAAAGAGGGAGGAAGAGCAACCAUGGAAGAGAACCAGUGUUGAGAGGAGGAAUCUCUCUCCAGGAAGGAGCUGGAUGUGACCCUGCCAAGGGAGAGAGAGGAAGAGGGCACGACUGCUGGCUGGAUUAUCUCUAAACCCGUGGAGAAGAGGGGAAAAACGAGGGGGCAGCAAAAAGGUGAGCUGGACUCUUCCUGGUUGGAUGAUUGCAUGUGAGAUCGCUUCAGGCUUUCUGCUACAUCAUCCUAUCCCAGCGUGAACUUCUCUGAUUCAGCAUAGAGCAGCUAAUGUGACUGAUUUUGGACAGCACAAGGGGAAGACUUUUAAGACAGGUCCGAUGUCGUCCAACGAGCUGAGCGUGGAGAUGGACUCCUGCAUCCGGACGUUCAAGGAGCACAUGCACCUGGAGCUGGAGCCGCCCAAAAUCCCAGGUGUGGUUGGAGGGAAGAGGGGCGCCACGUCUCCGAAGCUGUCCCCUAGAAGCUCUCCACGCCUUUUCCGAAAGCUGAUGGUCAACAAGAGCAUACGACAGAGGCGGCGCUUCACUGUGGCCCACACCUGUUUCGAUGUGGAGAAUGGCCCGUCUGCCAGCUGCAGCCCCCUGGACCCCCAGGCCUCCCCCGGCUCUGGUCUGGUCCUCCACACGAACUUCCCAGGCCACAACCAGCGGCGAGAAUCUUUCCUGUAUCGCUCGGACAGUGACUAUGAUCUGUCUCCCAAGUCCAUGUCACGGAACUCCUCCAUCGCCUCUGAACUACAUGGAGAUGACCUGAUCGUAACGCCUUUUGCUCAGGUUCUGGCAAGCCUUCGGAGUGUAAGGAAUAACUUCACUGUCCUGACCAAUGUCCAGUGUGCCUCCAGCAAGAGGUCUCCUGCAGCAACCACUCAGCCUCCGAUCACCAGAGUUUGUCUCCCAGAUGAGGCGUACCAGAAGCUGGCCAUGGAGACGAUGGAGGAGCUGGACUGGUGUCUGGACCAGCUGGAGACCAUCCAGACCUACCGCUCCGUCAGCGACAUGGCCUCCAACAAGUUCAAGAGAAUGUUGAAUCGGGAGUUGACGCACCUAUCGGAGAUGAGUCGGUCUGGAAAUCAGGUGUCCGAAUUCAUCUCCAACACCUUCCUAGACAAACAGAAUGAGGUGGAGAUCCCAUCACCAACAUCCAAGACGAGAGAGAAGAAGAAGCAGCAGAAGCAGCAGCUGAUGACGCAGAUCAGUGGGGUCAAGAAGGUCUCCCACGGGCCUUCGCUCUCCAGCAGCAGCAUCUCGCGCUUCGGUGUCAAGACCGACAAAGAGGAGCUGCUUUCCAAGGAGCUGGAGGACCUCAACAAGUGGGGCCUAAACAUCUUCACUGUCUCUGAGUACUCCCACAGCCGGCCUCUAACCUGCAUCAUGUACGCCAUCUUCCAGGAGCGGGACUUGUUAAAGACAUUUAAGAUCCCAGCGGAUACGUUUGUGGCCUACAUGAUGACAUUAGAAGAUCACUACCAUUCAGAUGUGGCCUACCACAACAGCCUGCACGCUGCUGACGUAGCCCAGUCCACACACAUCCUCCUCUCCACUCCGGCCUUGGAUGCCGUCUUCACAGAUCUUGAGAUCCUGGCAGCCAUCUUUGCUGCAGCUAUCCACGAUGUUGAUCAUCCAGGAGUAUCAAACCAAUUCCUUAUCAAUACCAACUCUGAGCUGGCGUUAAUGUACAACGAUGAGUCUGUGCUGGAGAACCAUCACCUGGCUGUAGGAUUCAAGCUGCUGCAGGAAGACAACUGCGAUAUCUUCCAGAACCUCACCAAGAAACAAAGACAGUCGUUGCGCAAGAUGGUCAUCGACAUGGUUUUGGCCACUGACAUGUCCAAACACAUGAGUCUGCUGGCUGAUCUGAAGACCAUGGUGGAGACAAAGAAGGUGACGAGCUCUGGGGUGCUGCUGCUGGACAAUUACACCGACAGGAUACAGGUGCUGCGUAAUAUGGUGCACUGUGCCGACCUGAGUAACCCCACCAAGUCCCUGGAGCUCUAUCGACAAUGGACUGAUCGGAUAAUGGAGGAGUUCUUCCACCAGGGAGACCGAGAGAGGGAGAGGGGGAUGGAGAUCAGCCCCAUGUGUGAUAAACACACAGCCUCAGUAGAGAAGAGCCAGGUGGGUUUCAUCGACUACAUCGUGCACCCUCUGUGGGAGACCUGGGCUGAUCUGGUCCACCCUGACGCCCAGGACAUUCUGGACACGCUGGAGGACAACAGGAACUGGUACCAGAGCAUGAUCCCCCAAAGCCCCUCUCCGCCCUUUUAUGACCAGGGUACGCAUGGAGGAGGCACAGGGGGUCAGGGAGGUGGCGAGAAAUUUCAGUUUGAACUGACCCUGGAGGAGGAGGACUUGGAUGGAAUAGAAAAGGACGGAGAGGAGGAGGAGGAGGAGGAGGAGGAAGAAGAGGAGGAAGAGGAGGAAGAGUUAGAAGAGGAGGACAGUUUAGGGGACUCUCGCUCGCCUCCUCUGGACUAUUUGGACAGUCAGGAGCAGGAGGAGGAAGGAAGCAUAAUGGAGCCUGCAAUUGAGAUCGUGACACACGAGGCAUCACCCACGGACACAUAGGGCUUCCUUCACCGGGGUGAUUUGAAAGUUUUUUUGGUAAAAGAGGGGAGAUCCUCUUGCAGCUCUGCUUUUUGAAGAGCCCACAGAAGCAAGGGCUUGGUUUUCGUCCCGCAAGGGGGCGUCUUGCACUUGGGUGUUUGAAGCCAGACACAGAUGGACAGUUUCAGCGGAGCGGCUUCAGAGUUCUCAGGAAAUAAUUACUGCGAACAUUUUAGUCUUGACGCACGGGCAAGACUGAGGGUGGAACUUGAAGGAUUUCGGCCAGUUGGGGAAAGGUUCCUUUUCUUUUGUGGACUGGCAUUAAAUGGACAUCGACACUACUGAGAGAAGUUUUGUACUUAAGACUUUUUUACAGAUAUGAUCUAGAAGUAGCAUAGAUUAAGAUCUACUGAUGGAGACACAUUUGUAUAGCAAGAGAAAGUGUUUACUUUUUUCCUGUACCAUUUGUCAAAGGACUUUUGUGUGCCUUUUUUACUAUUGUCUUUAUAAUAGUUUUUUAUUUAUUGAACACUCUAGUAUGUCUGUGAAACCUUUCUUUUACUUAUCUGAAAGAGCAAAAUCUUUUUUGUAUGUUAAGAGAACAGUCUUCCAUGUAUUGGGCAAUAGAGAAAUCCAAACAAACGUCAACAAACAACUCUUGGACAAACUCAUUGAAAUAGGGAAACAUCAACACCAACAUUUGACGCACAUUUUGUCUCAUCUGUUUCAAAUCUGAGCACAAUGUUUCCUUGAAUUCAAAUGCUUAUGUUCACUCGUGGGUCACGUUGUUGGUCAAGAAAUGUUCAAUUUGUUCUCUGAUUUUCAUACUCCAUUUUCUUUGUAAUGGUCUGCAGACCAUUUGGGCUUCCAACCUCUUUCACACUAAAACAACACUUUGAAUGCUCAGUGAAGUUAUGAAAAUAUGAGGUUAGGUGGAGUUAUUCCACAAUCGUUUCAUUUUUUGCAUCCAAUUGCUGUUCUGGUGUGAAAUAGAGGUAAAGGUUCAAACCAAACUCCCACUCAAGAACCACCAAAGUUCAAGCAGCUUUAAAAAAAAGCUCAUGACAUCUCGCUGCUUAUUCUCUGGGAGAAUACAAAAUACAGUCUGCCAAAUGCACAACAGUAUGAAUCUAUUUUUAGCCCACAGGUAUGCUGCAGUCUUAAUAAUCCUGUUAGUUGGAACGGGCCCUGACCUCAGGGCUCGUCUGAUGUAACGCCCCCCUGCCCUUCUGCAAUCAGGCCCAGACCAGAUGAUUAAAGGUGCUCGUACAGCUGCCUGUCUGAAAGGCGCUCUUAGACCCUCAUCAGUGCCACUAUUCACAUGGUUUACAAACCCCUCUGGGCUCCACAGACACGGCCCCAAAACAAUCAGGCCAGCUAUUUCUUCCUAACCAUUAAAAAAAAUUCCCUCAAGUGCAGCGUCUGCUCAUUGACGUCAAUUGAUUUUUUUCUCCCUCCCCCCCUUCGCUGUAUCAGGUUUCCAGGACAGUGGGGUUAUUAGGAUUUGGCGCAGAUGGAAUUGCUGGUUUCAGCAUGGCAGACUGUACCCUUGUGGGAGAAAAGGGAAUAGUUAGGUGCUCUAUUUUUAAAACGAAUAUAAAAAAUUACAACUGAAGCAAUGGUUUGCAGACUUCACAUUUCUGCCUCUGUUUAUAGAUGUUCUCCAUGCAUCUAUAAAUCCCAUGAGUCUAUUUUCAUACCGGUUUACCGAUAAACUCAAAGGUACUUCAUCUAGUUUCACUCCAGCAUGCUAAAGUGGCAAUCGUCUGUGUGCAGUGUGUAUGACUGAGAGGUUUUGUAUGCGUGUUUGUGUGCGCUUUGAGGUGUUGACUUCGUCAUCAGGCCUUACCCCCAUCACUCCACACCGUCGUCUCUACUGUUUGUUGCUAGGAGCUCAAGUUGGUCCUUUUUGCUGUUUAUAACAGUGUGUAUUUAUUCUAUACUUUAAACGUGUAAAUAAGAAAUACUGGUUCAGUGUAAAAACUAUUUUAAUUUAUAUGCACUUGCAUUACCUGGAAGUGGUGGUGUCUAAUGUGUAGAAGACUCUGGAUUAGAGUCUUUUUAUAUAUGUAUUAUAUAUUGUUUUUAUAUCUUUAAAUAUAUAUAAAUAUAUCAAAGUAUAUAUUCGCACAAUGUUUUGAGUGCCCAGCAAAGCAGAAGCUAAAGAGACAUGUUGCUUCUGUCAAAUGAAAACAUUGUGACUCCAAAGUAGCCUUUACUUUAAAUUUCUAUUGAAAAUGAUAUAAAAAAAGCUAUAUUUAGAGUGUUAGGCAUAGAUAUUAAACCAAAAAUGUUCUGACUUCUGCCUCUGAUAUCUUAACAACCACCCAUUUCUUACUUAUGUAUAUUUCUAGUUUCUUUUUGUUAAAAUCCUUAAAGCCUAAGGACUUUAACGUCCUUAUUUUGCUCUUGAAGAACCCCCUCCCUUUUUGUUUUGAGUUUUUGAAGCUACAGUGUUUUCAUCUGACAGCAGCAACUCUGCAACCCAGAGGCGACAUAGAAGACAUGUUAAACUGCAUAGGCUUGGAUAUAGGAUACAUAAAAGCCAGCUAAGGAAGCUUAGACCAUGCUUGGUAUCAACAUACAUAAUUAGCUCAUUCUCUCUCAGCAGCUAAGCUUCUCCAUCCAGCAUUUGAAUGCAGAUUGCUGAUAUACGAGGCCAGAUGCAGGUUCGACUGACAAACACAAAGCGAUUGUCUCCUUUUACACUUAACGCACUUCAUGUAAAAGUAGAUAACACUGGGACCGUAUUGGUAGCAUGCUACAAUACGCCCCGGCACUGACGUAAAUGAAUUAACAACAAAAACAUGAUCUUAUGUAACUGAUUGUGCUAAUGUGUGAACUCUUUCUGACCAAACUUGUUAGCAGUUUUGAGAUUCAAAUUUGUCAGUAUUAACAUUGUUUAUCUAUGUUCGAGCUUUUUUUGGUCCUAGUUGUGUCCAAAUGGUUAGCCAGAUUUAGCACUACCUGCAUGAGAGAUGGGUUUUUUUAAUCGUCAAUAAUAUGUUCCAAGUCUGCCAGUUGUUGCAGGUGGGUUAUUCAAUGUUUCACACAAUGUAUGGUAUUAUAUUGUAUAUUGUGUUCAAAAUUAAAUCUGAAAUACUUUUUCUAUUAAGUGAUUAAAAGCAAA